UUCCCCCCACCUCUGUCUCUCCAUCAACUCGCCUCUCUCCUCCCCCUCAUUCCUUCUCUGAUUUUCUCCUGAGACCUCCGGUUUUUGAACACCACACUGUUCUUACCUCCCGGCCCGCCACCCCACAGACACGAAGAAAGAGAAGCACAGAAGCCAUGUUUCCUCUUCAGGUGCCCCUCUUGGCCAUGCUGGUUAGCAUGGUACUUUGCCAGUAUGAUGACUAUGACUACCGGCCCGUCUCCAUGUUGGGGCCAUCAGGGCCAAACUGCAACAAAGAGUGUGAUUGUCCGAUCAAUUUCCCCAGUGCGAUGUAUUGUGAUAGCCGCAAGCUCAAGUUUGUCCCCGUCGUCCCAACGGGGAUCAAGUACCUGUACCUCCAGAACAACUUGAUUCAAGACAUCAAGGCAGGAGUGUUUGAUAAUGUCACUGAUACUCUGCGCUGGCUGGUGCUUGACAACAACCAGAUCACCAAUGCCAAGAUAGAGAAGGGCACCAUCGACAAACUGACCGGCCUUGAGAAGCUGUUCUUCAGCUUCAACGAGAUCACGGACGCAGUCAUUCCCCCCUCGAAGUCCCUUGAUGAGCUGAAGAUGACAAACAACAAGCUGACCAAGUUUCCCUCUGGACUCUUGACUGAUAAGGAGAAUCUGACCUCCAUCAGCCUCCAGCACAAUGAGCUGACCUCUGACGCCAUCUCGGGGGCUUUCAAAGGGCCGAAGAAGCUGCUGUCCCUGGACGUGAGCCACAACAAGCUGAAGAAGCUGCCGGCCGGCGUCCCGGCGUCGCUGGAAAUCCUCUACGCUGAUUACAAUGACAUUGAGGGUGUUGGAGCAGGAUACCUGAACAAGCUGCCAGCGCUGCAGUACCUGAGGAUGUCCCACAACAAGCUGGUGGACGGCGGGCUCCCUGCCGGGGUGUUCAACGUGACGUCGCUGAUUGAGCUGGACCUCUCCUUCAACAAACUGCAGUCUAUUCCUGAAAUCAACGAGCAGCUGGAGCAAUUCUACCUUCAGGCCAAUGAGAUCAACAAGUUCGAACUGACAAGUUUCUGCAAGUUCAUUGGACCCCUCAACUACUCGCGUCUGAGGCAUCUGCGUCUGGACGCCAACAACGUCACGCACAACAGCAUGCCGCCCGAGUCCGCCAACUGCCUCCGCCAAGCUGUAGAUAUCAUGUUUGAAUGAGGACCUCCGUCAGACCUAUGACUCCGCUUCCUACUGCCGUGACAGAGCUGAGCCCGUCUGGAUUUAAACGCCAUAUCACUCCUUUCAAUGAGCUGACACGUCUUUGCACUUCUGACAAAACUAGUAUGCAAAUCUGUAAUGUUAUUCAUGUUGAUCAUGGUAGAUAUGUUUUAAGAUACAGCAGAAGGCAACUUGUCAACUGUUUUUCUAUUUUCAGUGUAUCCUGCAAAUAUAUACAAUUAACACAUUCAAAUGAGCAUUCGGGAUAUUUGUUCUUACCCAGAUAGCGAAGACUAUUUGGCCCAAACUCGGGCCAUAUCUGUACUUCUUUUCUUUUUUUUGGUCCACAUUUGGUUGGGAGUGACAACGUCGACUUGACAAGAGUGUGGGGCCCUAACAGCACUUGCCAACCUGGUGAUUACCUGUAAUUCGAGAGCAAGUAAAGGGUUUUAAACUGAAAUUUGGGCAAUGUCUGGCUUGUAAAACCCAAAUUCGGCCCAGUUCAUGAACCCUGACCCCACAUGACACUUACC